AUAAGUUCAGAAUCAAUCAGUAAAACGAUAAGCUAAUUAAUCCAAAACUCUCCAAUUAUUUGCAACAACUGAUCAAUGGCUGUUACAAGAUCUUCUUCUACUUGGGAUGGUUUCUUCAUCAUCAGCCUUAUUGUUAUCGUUUCUUCAUUGUUUGGGACAUCAUCUGCGCAAUUAAACUCAACGUUUUACUCCGGGACAUGCCCUAACGCCUCUGCCAUCGUACGCAGCACUAUUCAGCAAGCUCUUCAAUCCGAUGCAAGAAUCGGAGCAAGCCUAAUCCGCCUUCAUUUUCACGACUGCUUUGUUAAUGGUUGCGAUGGGUCGCUCUUACUUGACGACACUGGAAGCACCCAGAGCGAAAAGAACGCUCCUGCCAACGCAAACUCAACUAGAGGAUUCAAUGUUGUCGAUAAUAUCAAGACUGCCCUCGAGAAUGCUUGUCCCGGCAUUGUCUCUUGCUCUGACGUUUUAGCUCUUGCCUCAGAGGCCUCUGUGUCUUUGGCAGGAGGGCCUUCAUGGGCUGUGUUAUUAGGAAGAAGAGAUGGUCUCACUGCAAACUUGUCUGGAGCCAAUUCUCUUCCGUCUCCCUUCGAAGGCCUUAACAACAUCACAUCUAAAUUUGUAGCUGUCGGGCUAAAUACAACCGAUGUAGUAGCCUUGUCUGGAGCGCAUACGUUUGGGCGUGGUCAAUGUGUAACGUUCAACAAUAGACUAUUCAACUUCAACGGGACAGGAAACCCCGACCCGACUCUGAACUCAACACUUCUCAGCAGUCUUCAACAGCUAUGUCCUCAAAACGGCAGCGCAUCAGGGAUCACCAAUCUCGAUCUGAGCACACCUGAUGCGUUCGAUAAAAAUUACUUCACAAACCUUCAGAGUAACAAUGGGCUUCUUCAGUCAGACCAGGAACUGUUCUCCAACAGCGGUUCAGCCACCGUCCCGAUUGUUAAUUCCUUUGCAAGUAACCAAACUCUGUUUUUUGAGGCGUUUGUUCAGUCUAUGAUCAAGAUGGGGAACAUUAGUCCAUUGACUGGGAAUAGUGGAGAGAUUAGACAAGAUUGUAAGGUGGUCAAUGGACAGUCAUCAGCCACUGCAGCAGAGGACAUUCAGUUACAAUCUGACGGACCAGUGAGUGUAGCAGAUAUGUAAACAACGAUGGGAUCAGUUUCACCGUUUGUUUAUCAUAUUAUGAAUAAAUUACUCCUAGGCUG